UGAAUCUUAAUCUUAGUAUCUUAGAACCCGACGGCGAUGGCUCAGCCACCUACUUCUUACCCUUCAACUUCCAGCUCCGGUCAAAUCGCAGUUGUUAACCCUCAAUUCUGUGCACCUUACUCACUUGAUAUCAUCAUCCAAAGGAAGCUCCUCACCCUAACUGAAGGCAACUUCGCCGUCGCCGACGUUAAUGGCAAUAUCUUGUUUCAGGUCAAAGGGAAACUCUUCAGCCUCCACGAUCGUCGCUUCCUCCUUGAUGUCGCCGGAAAUACCAUCCUCACUCUUCAACAAAAGAUAAUUAGUGUGCAUAAGAGAUGGGUAGUUUUCAAAGGAGACAGUACUGAAUCUAAGAAUCAAUUAUUUAGCGUGAAGAAGUCUUCUCUGCUCCAACUUAAGACAGAAUUGGAUGUUUUCUUGGCUGCAAAUACUAAGGAACGUAGUUGUGACUUCAAGAUCAGUGGAAAUUGGUCGGAUAGGUCUUGUGUCAUUUAUGCUGGAAACACUAAAAACGUUGUUAUUGCUCAGAUGCACAAGAAGCAUAAUGUUCAGAGUGUUUUGCUUGGAAAAGACACGUAUUCUGUGACUGUUUAUCCAUAUGUAGAUUACGCCUUCAUAGUUGCACUUGUUGUGAUCCUCGAAGAGAUCAAUGCCGACAAAAAAGGAGAGGAUUGAGAAUCGAUGAACUUUGAAGGUAUUAUUACAUAAAUUUUCACGUUUAAUCCUGUCUAUUGUUUCUUAGAACAAUUUCAUUCUUUUUAUUGUAUAGUAUAUUAGUUAUUGCACUUGUUGGAAAUUAAGCAGUUUCAGAAUAUUUAUGUUUGAGUGAAAACUUCUAAAUAGAAUGGAAAGUAUUAAUUUUAUGUUUGAA